AUGCUUUCCCUUCUGCAGGUCGCAUCACCGUGUCUGAAGCGACGUUCAUUUUCGUCUUUGUCAACUUGCGCCACGGUCAUCAGAUCCCUCUCAGCUUCUGGGAGUGAGAAAGGCAUCCCUGCCAAGCUGCAUCGAGCCGCCAGUGGAAAGCUUCCGAAGAGCAGGAAGCAGAACACGAAGGAUCAGCCUAGUCGCCCGAAGGGCGGCCAACUGACCCAGGAGGCGAAAGCCAGGGCUAGGCUUCCUGCGGCGAUGAAGUCCAGCGGCGCUCGCAAGCCAGGAUUCCCAAAGCUGCCUGCAGAGGACCUCCAGUCUCGGCGAGGUCUCAGAGAGAACCAGGCAGUGAACCAGGCUACAGCAGGGCUUUUCUGCGAAGAGCUUGAGUCCUACAAGGCCAGCGUUCCGCCAUCACAGCACAAGCUCAGCUGGACGUCGUCUCAAGGCAGACUCGGCGACGUUCCCACCUGCACGGACUCCCGGAGCGUCCAAAAAGAUUCGCAGGUCAGCGGAGUCCGCAGCCGGCGAACUGGCUGCCUGGAAGACGCCAGGCCGGUGCAGUGCAAUAGGUUGCGUGCUCCUCGGAUAAGCAGAGUAUUUCCUCGAUGCAAAGCAACAGCGGCGCUCGAGACACCUUUUGCUGAUGCAGGCACGAGCAGCUCGGCUGUGGCCGGGGAGCUUGUAACUCCGGGUUGGGAGCGCGCUGUGGGACUUUGGCUGGCGGGGACCUGCGGCAUGCUGUACUCCAUGAUUGCCAUUGGAGGAUACACGAGGCUGUCCGGCAGUGGCUUAUCAAUGACAGAUUGGCGUCUGGAGGGCAGGCGGCUGCCGCUGACCGAAGAUGCAUGGGUCAAGGAGUUCGAGGAAUACAAGAAGUAUCCGGAGUACCAGCGACUGCACGCUGGUAAAAUGGAGAUCGACGAGUUCAAGCGCAUCUACUUCGUGGAGUGGUUCCAUCGUAUGUGGGGACGGACUGCUGGUCUUCUUUUUGCUUUGCCGCUGGGCUACUUUGCUGCCCGGGGCGUUUUGCGUGCUCGGCUGGGUGCGCGACUGACGGGCUUGUUCGGCCUGGGACUGUCUCAGGCCUUUGUCGGCUGGUGGAUGGUUCGAAGCGGCUUGGACCCACCCGAGACGCAUACGCCAAGUCUGGGGCAGCACCAACGACCCCGUGUAUCGCCAUACCGCUUGGCUUCACACUGGACUGCUGCUCUGACCAUCUAUGCUGGAUGUGUUUGGAACACACUUAGCUUGUUGAGACCAAGCCCUGCAGCGAUACAUGGCUGCGCGGAAGCAGUUGCAGCUGCGGCGAAAGUAAGGACGUUGGCGAUUCCCGCCACGUCCGCGGUGCUUCUCACGCUCCUGAGCGGUCCGUUUGUGGCCGGCAAUGAUGCGGGACGAGCAUACAAUACUUGGCCGAAGAUGCUGGACGACUGGGUUCCUCCAGAAUGGUCAGCUGUAGCAGUCCAGCCGCUUAGCCGGUGGCGGGCAUUCUUCGAGGAAACUCCGGUGGUUCAGUUCAACCACAGGAUGCUGGCGUAUCUCUCGGUUGCCUCAUCAAUUGGAGUCUGGGCUUACUCUAUGCAACUGCCACUGUCCGCAGCUGCUGCGAGUGCUACCAGCUUGUUGCCGAUCAUGACGGCAGCACAGAUGUGUUUGGGCAUUGCGACCCUGAUGCUCUACGUUCCAAUUGAGCUGGGAGUAGCCCACCAGGCUGGAGGUGUCGCCGUGCUGACGGCGCAGCUUUUCGUCUUGCACACGCUGCGGACACCUUUGCGCAUUGCCUAG